GCCCCGUAACCCAAAUAGGUCUAGGUCACGGUUGGAACGCCUGCUGCAUUCGCCAUGUUGGACGAACUUUUUGGGUCGGUCUUUUAACGCUGUUAGAUAUUAACGCCAAGAAACAUUGUCUGUCUUUUGAGAAACUGCAGAGUUCCCCAGCUGAACUUCCAUUACAACAUCAGUACAUUGUCAACAUGAACCAAAGUGUACAAGGUCUGUCUUUUGAGAAACUGCAGAGUUCCCCAGCUGAACUUCCAUUACAACAUCUGUACAUUGUCAACAUGAACCAAAGUGUACAAGGUCUGUCUUUUGAGAAACUACAGAGUUCCCCAGCUGAACUUCCAUUACAACAUCUGUACAUUGUCAACAUGAACCAAAGUGUACAAGGUUUGCUCUACCCUGCACCAUACAUAAAGGACUUGACCAUGGACCCUCGAAGCAGUGCCCAGGAUGUGGUGCGUUGUGAUGUGUGUGAUACUCCUGUCCCCCCACUACACUGUGACUUCUGUCAGACCAAUCUCUGCAAAGCUUGUGUUGGGGAACAUAUGCUGGAUUUAUCCAAAAAACAUCAGGUGGUACCAUUUCACGACCGGAGAUCUACUCCAAAUUAUCCCAUUUGCCAAAAACAUUCUCUCAAACAAUGUGAACUUCAUUGUGAACAAUGUGACAUUCCUAUUUGUGCCCUUUGUGUUUCUUCUAAAAGUCAUGAAAACCAUGAAAAAAUGGACAUUAUAAGUUAUUUUAAAAGGAAAAAGCAUGAUUUACAAACAGAUUUACAAGAAUUAGAUAAAACAGUCAUUGCAAAAUAUCAAGAAAUUGCAAGCAACAUCCCAGCUCAAAAAUCUGAUCUAAAGAAUAACUUUCAGAAAUUAACAUCAGCAAUAGACAAACAUGGAGAAGUCUGGCACAGAGAAAUAGACAUCAUUAUACAGAAACUGAAAUCUGAUCUUGAUGAAAUGGACGCCAAACAUCUGGCUGUCUUAAACAAAGAGGAAGAUGAAAUCACACGCACCAUUUCUGAAAUCACACAGAACAUUGCAGAUCUGAAGAAGUUACUGGACUCCAAUGAUGUCAGCCGUGUCUCUGCCUACAAAUCCAGGAUUGCUGAAUUCAGAAGAUUGCCUCCUAAACUCACAGUUUCUCUACCAAACUUCACCCCUCAGAAAAUUAACCCAGAACAACUUUACCAACAAUUUGGUUCCCUGUCAGCAUUCUCCAUCACAACAGAGGAACAUGGCUACACCAUGGAAACCUCAGAAGCUGGAUCCUCUCCUCUCAAACCACUGCUUGAUGAGCCACGGAUCAUCUCCACCAUACAGACACAGUAUGGAGGCCUUGGUAAUUAUCUAACCAGUGUUACUUGUCACAGUGAUGAAGAAAUCUGGGCGUGUAGUUAUGAUAAUAAGAUGAUGAGUCUCUACAACCUGCAGGGGGAACUAGUGAAGUCCAUCCAAACCAAGUCAUGGAACAAUCCAAAGGACAUAGCAGUGACAAGGAGUGGGGAUCUAGUUUAUGCUGAUUACAUUGAUAGAACUGUGAACAUAGUGAAGAAUACACAGAUACAGACAGUGAUCAGACCACAGGGGUGGAUACCUCACGGUGUCUGUAGUACCUCCUCUGGUGACCUCCUGGUUGUCAUGGACAGUGAUGAUUGUAAACAAACAAAAGUUGUGUGUUACUCUGGCUCCACAGAGAAACAAAGUAUUCAGUACGACGACAAAGGACAACCUCUCUAUUCAUCUGGUGGAUUAAUUAUAACUAAAUACAUCAGUGAGAACAGGAACCUAGAUAUCUGUGUGUCGGACUGUUUGGCCCGUGCAGUAGUGGUGGUCAAUCAGGCCGGGAAACUCCGGUUUACCUACACUGGUCCUCCCUCUACUACCAAGGGAUCAUUCUAUCCACUCGGCAUCACAACAGACAGCCAGGGUCGGAUCCUGACAGCAGACUGUACCUAUAACAACCACCGUAUCCACAUCCUGGAUCAGGAUGGACAGUUCCUCCGCUACAUUGACAACUGUCAUUUACAGCGUCCAUGGGGUUUAUGUGUGGACACCAGAGACAACCUCUUUGUGGCUGAGUACUACACAGGUAAAGUGAAGAAAAUACAAUAUCUGAUGUAAACAAACUUUGUGUAUGUAUUAUAUGUAAACAGACUGUGUGUGUGUAUUAUAUGUAAACAAAAUGUGUGUGUGUAUUAUAUGUAAACAAAAUGUGUGUGUAUUAUAUAAACAAACUGUGUGUAUGUAUUAUAUGUAAACAAAUUGUGUGUGUGUGUUUUACACAUGUAUGUAAGCAAAGGGUGUAUAUAUAUAUAUAUAUGUUACAAUGAAUAUGUAAACAGACUGAGUAUUAUUGAAUUGUGAUUUGUAAAUAUCUUAAUGUUUUGCAUCUUUUUAGAUAAAAUUGGUUCAAAAUGUAAGUGGUGUUGUAUUAUUUACUGGUUAUAUCUUUCUCUCUGUGAGAACUGAUUUUUUUUCUCAGGAUGAUGAGAUUGUUUACGGUACAUGUAAAAUGAUGUGAUUAAUAUCCAAAAAGAUAAAUUGCACUUUGCACCUAAACAUGUUACAUGUUAUAUAAAUGCAUUUAUUGAUUUAAAAAAUAAAUUUGUUCAAUUAAACUAAGUGUUUUAUUGAAUGUAAGAACCGAAUGUAACAAAACACUAUUAAAUAAA